AUGUUAACACCUAAAAUUGCUAUGUGGAUCAUGGUGCUAACAGUGGCUGCAAUUCACAUCUCGAUGGUCUUAGGUGGGGAUGCUGGGAUUAUUUAUGGAAGAAAUGGAGAUAAUCUCCCAUCCCCUAAACGAGUAAUUGAUUUUCUCACCGAGGACAUGAACCAUGCGAUUUCAUUAGUCCGGGUCUAUGAUGCCAAUACGGAAGUUUUAGAAGCUCUAAGUGGAACCAACUUGGUCGUAACCAUUGGGGUUCCAGAUGAAGCAAUUGCCCAUGUAGCUUCUAGCCAGGAAGCUGCAGACAAAUGGUUUCGAGACCACGUACUUACUUAUGUUCACAAGGGUGUUCGGUUCCGAUAUAUUUGUGUUGGCAACGAGGCAAUUCCUGGUGUUGUUCAAUCUCUUGUACCACAAGCAAUUAUUAAUCUCUACAAUUCAGUAAGGAAGGCAAGCGUAGAUUAUAUCUAUGUUACAACUGCAGUCGGGGGUAAAGUUCUGGAAAGCUCCUAUCCUCCCUCAGCUGGUCGAUUCGCGAAUGGGGUCGACAAAAUUAUGAAUAACCUCACGAAUUAUUUGUAUAAUAUAGGGUCCCCGUUAUUGAUCAAUUUGUACCCUUACCAUGCCCUGGUCUCGGAGCCACAACAUAUUUCAUUGGACUAUGCCUUAUUUCAGUCCCAAAAGCCAGUGUUUACAGAUGGGGAUUUAGAGUAUUACAAUCUUUUUGAUGCUAUGGUGGAUGCAUUUGUAGCAGCAAUGGUAAGGGUGGUGCAACAGGAGGAUGUCAAACUUGUCGUCGCCGAGACCGGGUGGCCAACUGCAGGUGUUGGGUCGUAUGCUUGCACCGAGAAUGCUCGAAUCUACAACCUUAAUCUAAGGAAGCAUGCAAUUGAAAAGGGAUGCACUCCGAGAAAGGCGGACAUUAAUUUGGAGGUUUACAUCUCGGAGAUGUUCAAUGAGAAUCUGCAACCGGACGAGUUUGAGAGAAAUUUUGGAACUUUUUAUCCCAACCUCACCGAGGUAUAUCAGUUGUGGCGCUGA